CAUGUAGAUAUUACCUUCACCAGCAAUGCAUGCCAAAGACUUCAAUUGCCAUUUGCCAAGUCUCAUGGGCAUUAAAGAUUUGAACAUUUCUUCAUCUUCUUCUUUUUGUUAAUCUACUUCUCCAAAUUUUAUAUCCUUGAUUAUUCUUUGCUUGAUUCUUUUAUUUACCCACUUAAUUGAUUCCCUUUGUAUAUUAAUCUCUCCUCCUCCUCCUCCUCCAUGCUGAUCGAUUCUUCUACCAGAAAAAGUGAAAAAUAUGGCAGGUGGUGGUGGGGGAGGAACCUCAGUCCGCUCCUUGCAAGAAACACCCACUUGGGCUCUAGCAACCGUUUGCUUCAUUUUUAUCUCCAUCUCCUUAUUCAUCGAACACUUGAUUCAUCUCCUUAGCCACUGGCUCAAAAAACGUAGAAAGAAUGCUCUGUUUGAAGCUGUGGAAAAGCUAAAAUCAGUGCUUAUGGUGCUGGGAUUCAUGUCUCUUUUAUUGACAGUAACUCAAAGAUCAAUCAUCAAAAUCUGCAUAUCAAACAAAGUAGCUACCACCAUGUUACCAUGUCAUCACAGCUCAACCAAAACUUCCAAAGCAUUACAAGAAACAUUUCUGGCUGCUGCUGAGGCCUCUACUGGAUCCUCGGACUACUGUGGUUCUAAGGGAAAGACAUCUCUUAUAUCACAAGAUGGGAUCAAUCAGCUCAACAUCUUCAUAUUUGUAUUGGCAGUAAUGCAAAUUGUGUAUAGUGUUCUUACCAUGGCCUUGGGAAGAGCAAAGAUGAGGCGUUGGAAAGCCUGGGAGGACGAGACUAGGACAGUGGAAUAUCAAGCUGCUAAUGAUCCUGAUAGAUUUAGAUUCACAAGAGAAACCACGUUUGGUCGCAGACACAUGACUUCUUGCACAACAACGUCCCUCCAAUUGUGGACUAAAUGCUUCUUUCGGCAAUUUUUCAACUCGGUUGCAAAAAUCGAUUAUCUCACUCUUCGCCAUGGCUUUAUCGCGGCUCAUUUGUCCAAUAAUAAUUCCUUCAAUUUCCAAAAAUACAUACAGCGAUCAUUGGAGGAUGAUUUCAAAGUUGUCGUUGGCAUCAGGCCCUUCAUGUGGUUUGUGGUCGUCAUCUUCAUGCUCUUGGACGUGCAUGGUUGGCAUGUGUAUCUCUGGGUAUCACUUCUCCCAUUGAUCAUAGUGCUGAUUCUUGGGACCAAAUUGGAAGUAGUGGUGGCUAAAAUGGCUCUCCAACUCAAAGAUCAGAACAGUAUAAUCAAGGGAGCCCCACUAGUGCAACCAAAUGACAAUCUUUUCUGGUUCCGCCACCCAAAAUUUGUCUUGACCCUUCUGCAUUAUACUUUGUUUAUGAAUGCAUUUGAGCUCGCCUUCUUUGUUUGGGUUACGCUGCAAUUCGGAAUAAAAUCUUGCUACCAUGAACGCAAAGAGACCAUUGUUGUCAGGGUGGUAUUAACGGUGACAGUUCAAAUCAUGUGCAGCUACAUCACUCUUCCUCUAUAUGCUCUAGUGACCCAGAUGGGAACACAAUUCAAGAGUGCAAUACUUGAAGAGCAAACAGCAAAUGCUAUAAGGGAAUGGCAUGCUGGAGUGAAGCAGAAGAGGAAAAAGAAGCAAGUAAUGUCACCUUCUGUUAGCUCAUAUCCAUCUCCCAUAUCAACCACCAACAGAACUAUGGAUUCCCCAGAUGAUUUCUAUUCUAAUAAUCGAUUUACUUCUCCAGAUUUCUCUUCCCAUCAUAAUAGAACACCAACUUUCGCUGAAAUCGUUGCAGUUUCUUCUCAAUCUGAGAUUAUUGAAUAUGGUCAAGAAAUUGUUCCAUCUACUGUGCUUCAAAUAGAUCAUAUUCCUAAGAACCAAACGUAGAUCCACCUAUUACAUUUAGCAAAUUACAUUAGAUUUUAACAUUCAAGAGGUUUCAUAAAACUAGUUAUUUGCACUUCUGUAUAUCUGUAGUUCAAAAGAAAUAAUAAGAAA